AUGUCAUUAGAAAAAAAGAUUCGGAAUUUCUUGCAAGGUCCAAGAAAGGGUGAAACUUUUGAAUUAAAGAAUGGAUUAGUUUCGCAAUAUAGAGGUGAACGAAAAGAUGCCAUUCAGCGGGUAAUCCAAGCCAUGACGGUUGGCAAAGAUGUUUCUGCAUUAUUUCCGGAUGUGUUAAAGAAUAUAGCAACAUAUGACUUGGAACAGAAGAAAUUGGUUUACUUAUACCUUAUGAAUUAUGCAAAGACACAUCCUGAAUUAUGUAUAUUAGCUGUGAAUACAUUUGUUCAAGACACGGAAGAUCCAAAUCCCUUAAUCAGAGCAUUGGCAAUACGUACUAUGGGAUGUAUCAGAGUAGCGAAGAUGGUUGACUAUAUGGAAAUCCCAUUGCUGAGGACGUUAAAGGAUGAUAACCCAUAUGUGAGAAAGACAGCAGCAAUUUGUGUAGCCAAACUAUUUGACUUAAAUUCUGAAAUGUGUAUUGAAUUUGGCUUUUUAAGUGAGUUAUCGAAGUUGAUUAAAGAUCCUAAUCCAAUGGUUGUUGCUAAUGCAUUGAAUGCGUUGUUUGAGAUAAAGGAUAUGAAUACCAAUCCAGAUUUAGAAAUCAUCGAAGUUAAUAAAGGGAUGGUCAGUAAUUUGUUAAUGUGUUUGAAUGAAUGCACGGAAUGGGGUAGAAUAACAAUUUUAACAACCUUAAAUGAUUAUAAGGCUGAAACUUCCAAUGAGGCGAAUCACAUCAUUGAAAGAAUUAUACCACAAUUGCAACACGUUAAUCCUUCAGUGGUUUUAUCUUCGAUUAAGGCGAUCAUCAAUCAAUUGGACUCAAUUUCAGUAACUGCUCAAAGGUCUUCGAUUUUGAAAAAGUUGUCUGCUCCGUUGGUUUCAUUAGUCUCAUCCUCAAUUCCUGAAGCGCAAUACGUGGGUUUGAAAAAUAUUAGAAUUAUCUUAGAAAAAUAUCCACAAAUCUUAUCAAAGGAACUCCGUGUAUUCUUCAUUAAGUAUUCUGAUCCAUUAUACUUGAAGUUAGAGAAGUUGGAAAUUAUGGUAAGAUUAGCCAACGACAGUAAUAGUACAUUGUUAUUGGGAGAGUUAAAAGAAUACGCCAUGGAAUUUGAAAGUUCCUUGGUAGCAAAAGCAAUCAGGUCAAUUGGUACGGUUGCAAUCAAGUUAACUGGAUGUGUUAUUAAAUCAGUUAACUUAAUAUGUAGCUUAAUUGACCAAAGAGGAGGGGAUUUAAUUAUCAAUGAAUCAAUUAUUGUUUUAACAAACAUAUUGAGACGUUAUCCAGGUAAAAAUGAUUUAAUUACUCUAAUUGUUCCAAUUAUUUCAAAUCAUACAUCGGAAUUAAGCAAGAACGAAGCCUUAUCUGGAUACAUUUGGCUCUUAGGUGAAUAUCCAAAAUACUUUUCACAAUUAAAGCAAAAUUUGCUGGACUUAAUCGAUGGCUUUUUAGAUUAUGAAUCUUUGUUACAACUAAAUAUUUUGACCACAAUUGUCAAAAUUAAUUUGUCGAUUGAGAAUCAAACGUAUUCUAAUUAUUUGCAAAAAGUUUUAGAAAUGGCUACUAAAGAUUGUGAAAAUGCAGAUGUUAGAGACAAAGCAUAUAUAUACUGGCGUUUGUUGUCAUCUUCGUCGAAAGAAUCUCAGAAAAAGAUCGUUUUGUCUAAGUUACCUCCAAUUAAAACCACAAUUGCUUCAUUCAACCCAGUCGUAUUAGAAGCUUUGGUGAAGGAAUUAUCGACUUUAGCAUCGGUGUAUCAUAAACCGUCGUUUACCUUUAUUGACCCUAACUUAUAUUCACCUUUAUCUAGUGACCAAGUGACAACCAGAAGAUCUAAAUCCCUGAACAAAGAUGAAAAUAUUGAAGAUUUGACUAAUCUAGCAAAACAAGAGAUAAUUAAUAAUUCUAAAAAUGAAAAUUUGCUUGAUUUUGACGAUGAUGAAGUUAAACCUGAUAAUAGUUCUAGUAAUGGCUCUGCCUCAUUGCUAGAUGAACUAAAUGAUUUAUUUUCCGCCCCUUCUAUGCCUUCGCAAGCGCAACCAACGCAACCUGUACAGUCUUCAACAAAUGAUAUACUAGACUUAUUCAAGACAUCAGCUCCACAAAGUAGUCAACAAAAUCAAAACUUGACACAAGGCAUUGAUAAUUUAAAUAUCGAUAAUACUUCGUCAUCAUCUAGUAAUCAAAAUAAACUAAACAAUGAUCUUUUAGAUCUUUUUUAA